AAAUCAUAAAUGCUACUGAACCUUCAACCAGAAUAAAUAAGUACAAAUGAGUUCCUUUUUAAGAGGAAUGUAAAUUAUUAUAAGCACAUUUAACAGACAAUUGUACUGUACUGUACUGUACUGUACUGUACUGUACUAAUGUUUAGAAUUAUGGCUCUUAUUUGCCAAUUCAUAUAGUUACUAUACAUUUUCGGCAUUAAAGCAACUAUUGUUACUCAAAUAACAAUAGAAUAUAAUAUUUAGCAUAUAAAAACACCAAAUGCAUCAAAAAAAACAGUAAAAGGUUAAACAAGUCCCAGAAAGAAACAUUUACAAUUUGAAAAUAAAUAAACAGCUAAGACGUGUUAGAAAUAAACUAACUCAGAAAUUAACUCAACCUUUCAAUGAAAGCUGCAUUUAACAGUAAUAUUUUCUUUGAUGAACUGUCUGCUUGAUUUAUUUAUCUAUUUCUACCGAGACCUGUAUUAUGAAAAUCUACUAAAAAUAAAUUUAAACCAGGAAAAGUUGGUAAUGUCCGCUGCCCAAAAACAGCGUUAAGGUUUUCUACUUUAACAAGAGUAAAGUGAGAAAAAAAUAGAAUCAGACAAAAUGUAUCAUUCGAAACAAUCACACUUUUCACUGUUAAGAUACUAAACCAAAUUCUCAGUUUGACUGUUGUAAUAGUAUUAUGAACGUUAAGUUCACAUUUCCCUGAAGUCUCGCAUCAUGUUACAUUUGACAGAGAAAAAAAUAAAUACAAUUAGACACAUGAUGACAGGAAGCACCGCCCAGAGGCUGUCAAUGUGGUUGGUCUCGUUUUACUCAAUAACCAGUGGAAGUACUUGUUACAUGUUACAUGUUUGAGGACACGUCAAUACCAGAUAGACAUAAAAGAGAAACACAGAGCACACAGUCACACAGUCUCUAGGUUGGAUGCACCCAUUUAGUGUCUUGACUAAGGCAGACAGAAUGCGUUUUGCAGCAAUCUUUGCUCUUCUCGCUGCUUGUGCUGCAGCUGAUCUCCGGCCUCACUACUCGUACUCCCCACAGGUGGGGUCAGGAAGUGGGAGCUCCUAUUUGCUCAGUGGAGAGGGAAGGAUCACCGCUGUGAGAGUUUGGGAAUACUACUCAGGGUACAUCAGAGGGUAAGUAAGAAAUAUUUGGAUAUUCUGCUACGCUUUUGUAAAGAGCAUAGUUGUUUAAACUGCAUUUCUCUUAUUCUCCAGUAUCCAGUUCCGGUAUGGCUACCUCUGGUCCCCUGUUGCUGGUUAUAGAAACGGUCAUGCCCAAGAAAUUGAGUUGUUCGAUGGAGAAGCCAUUAUCCAGAUUUCUGGGAAGUAUUCUAGCUAUUUGCAGUCUGUGGUGUUCACCACCAACAGGGGUCGCUCCUUGUAUGUGGGUCAGCCCUCUGGCGAUUCCUUCAACAUGUACCCCGAUCACCCUGAGGCCGAGCUGAUCUUCAUCAGCGGCCGGCAGAGUGGAGGCAUCCGCUCCUUGGGAGCCCACUGGGCCAUCGUUGAUCCAUCCUUGAGCCCAACCAACAGCUCUGGAGGAUAUUAAUGUGGAGAGCAGAGGACAGAUGUUGUGACAUGGAAUUUAAUGUGCACCUUAUUUCCAACACUGAUUUAAUUAUAAAGAUGAAAUAAUAUUUUUAUACUGUUCUUUUUCAUGAAUAAUUAACAAAUCAAUAACAAAUCAAUGAUUUAUGUACAAUUUCUACUUUUAUCUCUCUGAAAUUAAAGCUGCAAUGAUCCAGUUUUGUCAUACAAUAGAUCAAGGUUUUAACCAUGUUUGGAUUUAGAAAUAAAGUUGUUCUCAUUGGUU